UGGACAUCUAACGACAAGUGUCGGAAAUGUUUUCAUGCUCCUCUGAGCAUUGGUUUGUGCCAGGCGAUCAAUGAGCUGUCAGCAUCACAAAAACGGACCGACUGUCAGCUUCGACGCCAUUCAGAUCGCCAAUGCUAGAAUGAAGGGCUCCCACUCUGUCAAGAGGCACCGCAUAACUAUACACACAUCACACACGGAUGGGCGGAAUGAAGUGGCGUCCCGUCCAGGGCGGUCAGGGGCCCGCUGUCGGAACUCCAUCGCCUCCUGUGCCGAUGAACAGCCACAUAUCGGCAACUACCGGCUCCUCAAAACCAUCGGCAAGGGCAACUUUGCCAAGGUCAAAUUGGCACGACACAUUCUCACAGGACGAGAGGUGGCCAUAAAAAUUAUUGAUAAGACGCAACUUAAUCCUACCAGCCUUCAAAAGCUCUUCAGGGAAGUAAGAAUAAUGAAGAUUCUAAAUCAUCCAAAUAUUGUAAAGCUGUUUGAGGUCAUAGAAACAGAGAAGACACUUUAUCUGGUGAUGGAGUACGCCAGUGGUGGGGAGGUGUUUGACUACCUCGUAGCACAUGGGCGAAUGAAGGAGAAGGAGGCCAGAUCUAAAUUUAGACAGAUUGUAUCAGCGGUUCAGUAUUGCCAUCAAAAACACAUUGUCCACAGAGAUCUCAAGGCAGAAAACCUACUGCUGGAUGCAGAUAUGAACAUUAAGAUUGCAGACUUCGGUUUCAGUAAUGAAUUCACUAUUGGGAACAAACUAGACACAUUUUGCGGCAGCCCGCCGUAUGCGGCCCCUGAGCUUUUCCAGGGUAAAAAGUAUGACGGGCCGGAGGUGGACGUGUGGAGUCUGGGGGUCAUACUCUACACACUGGUCAGUGGAUCACUGCCCUUUGAUGGACAGAAUCUAAAGGAACUUCGUGAGCGGGUGUUGAGGGGCAAAUAUCGAAUUCCCUUCUACAUGUCGACUGACUGUGAGAACCUCCUGAAACGCUUCCUGGUGCUGAACCCUGUCAAACGGGGAACACUUGAGGUUAGGAACUAUAAAGACUCAUGGGCCUUUACACAAAUACGGUACAAAAUAAGUAUGUAUUGUCUCAGCCUCAAGGCACAAGCCCAGCAAUUGGAGGCGAGUGAUUCCAGCUCCAGCAGUAACCUUUCUUUGGCAAAGGCCAAACCCAAUAGUGAGCACAAUAACGGCCAGUCACCAUCUCACCUCAAAGUCCAAAAAAACGUCUCCUCCAACCAGAAACAGCGUCGUUACAGUGACCAGGCUGGUCCAACCAUUCCCUCGGUGGGAUACCCCAAGAGAAGUCAGACCACUUCUGCAGAAAGUGACCAUAAAGAGGAGGGCAGUGCACAGGCACGUAAGUCAAGCUCGUCUGGAAGCCGCGGCAUGGCUCCACCGAGCCCCAUGCUGGGCAACGCCAACAAUCCAAACAAGGCCGACAUUCCUGACGGCAAAAAGAGCGCCGGUGCCCCUGGGAGCAAUUCUGUGUCUAGCGGUAUGACCAGGAGAAACACAUACGUGUGUAGUGAGAGGAACGCCACAGACCGUCACUCCGUCAUCCAGAACGGCAAAGAGAACAGCCUGAAUGAAAUGUCAGGAUGUGUCAGCACGAGUCCGACGGCGUAUGCUGUUGCUCUCGCCAGCUCAUCGGCUUCUGUCCGUCUGCGCCACCAAAAGGCCACGUCACUCUCGGCCUCCGGACACACCUGCCGCGCCACCUUGCCGCUCAACGACGGCACCUCUGAUCUCUUCAAGCCCAAUACGAGCGUGACUCAGACGAGUCAGCGGAACCCCGGUUCCUCCACGCACAGCAUUAGUAGCGCGACUCCCCCGGACCGCCUGCGUUUCCCACGAGGCACGCUAAGCCGCAGCACUUUCCACGGAGGCCAGCUGAGGGAGCGACGCACAGCCACCUAUAAUGGACCCCCUGCCUCUCCAACCUUAUCGCACGAUGCCACGCCACUCUCACAGUCCCGGAGCCGCGGAUCAACAAACCUCUUCACAAAGCUCACAUCCAAGCUCACGCGCAGAGUGCCGGCAGAAUGCGAUAGAAAUGGGAGGUAUGAGGAUUCAAGUCGUAAUGUGUCUGGGGAUCAGAAAGAGGAACAUAAAGACGCCAAACCCCGCUCGCUACGCUUCACCUGGAGCAUGAAGACCACCUCCUCCAUGGAGCCCACAGAGAUGAUGCGCGAGAUCCGCAAAGUCCUGGACGCCAACAACUGCGAUUACGAGCAGCGUGAGCGCUUCCUGCUUCUAUGCGUCCAUGGCGACGGCCACGCCGAGAGCUUGGUCCAAUGGGAGAUGGAGGUGUGCAAACUGCCCCGCCUCUCGCUAAACGGCGUGCGCUUCAAGCGGAUAUCAGGAACAUCCAUCGCUUUCAAAAACAUUGCCUCGAAAAUUGCCAACGAGCUGAAGCUGUAAGGAAAAAGAAGUUGAAAAUGUGAAAAAGCAGCAAAAAGGACUAAGGCACAAAACUAGAGUAAUCAAGCUGUACAUUCUUUUUGAACAAGUAGCAGAUACAAGGAUUGUUUUCCUUAAACACUUACAAAGUAUGUACUGAAAAUAUUGUAUAGAAUCAUGCCUUAGGCAAUAAUUUCCUGCAUCUUUGAAGCAUUAUUAAUAUUAUUAUUGUCGUUAUUAUUGUGGGAUGGUUUCAAACGGUAGGAAAACAAUGACGGUUUCAUUUCUAUAAUUAUUUUUUUUCCGUUUCUGCACUACUGCAGUAGGUACCCUGUGGGGCCAAAA